AUGAAUAAACUACUAUCAUCUCUAAUUAACUUUUGCGUAAAUGAAGAGUUAAAAAACAGCUAUAAUAUUGGUGAUAGAUUAUUAUAUAGAGUUUGGAAUAAUAUAUUUUUAAGAAAUGAAAUUCAUAAACAUAUUUUAAAGUUUAUUAAACAUAGUGUUGAAGAUCUUGAUAUAUCAGGUUAUAGCAAGUUUAAAGAUAAAUCAUAUAUAACAACACUUAAGUGGCGUGAUAAUACACUACCAGAUAAAGAUGAAUAUCCACCAUUUUUGACAAAUUUAUAUUUGCACGGUUCUUCUAAAAUGCUAACUCUAACAACUUUACCAAACACAAUUACUACACUCGCACUCCAUAAUCCUUUUAACCAAGCAAUUCCACCCGGUACAUUACCAAAUAGUCUCACAACACUCAUAUUCGGUCGUCGUUUUAACCAAGUAAUUCUACCCAGCACAUUACCAAAUAGUCUCACAACACUCACAUUCGGUCAUGAUUUUGACCAAGUAGUUCUACCCAACACAUUACCAAAUAAUCUCACAACACUCACAUUCGGUGAUGAUUUUAACCAAGAAGUUCUACCCAACUCAUUACCAAAUAAUCUCACAACACUCACAUUCGGUUAUUGUUUUAACCAAGAAGUUCUACCCAACACAUUACCAAAUAGUCUCACAACACUCAAAUUCGGUAGUCGUUAUAAGCAUGGAGUUCGACCCGGCACAUUACCAAAUAGUCUCACAACACUCACACUCGGUGAUGCUUUUAACCAAGUAAUUCUACCCAACACAUUACCAAAUAGUCUCACAACACUCACAUUCGGUCAUGAUUUUAACCAAGUAAUUCGACCAGGUACAUUACCAAAUAGUCUCACAACACUCACAUUCGGUUAUUGUUCUAACAAAGUAAUUCGACCAGGUACAUUACCAAAUAGUCUCACAACACUCACACUCGGUGAUGAUUUUAAGCAAGAAAUUCUACCCGGCACAUUACCAAAGAGUCUCACAACACUCAUAUUCGGUUUUUGUUUUAACCAAGUAAUUCUACCCUGCACAUUACCAAAUAGUCUCACAACACUCACAUUAGGUGUUUGUUUUAAUCGAGCAAUUCUACCCAAUUAUUUUGACCAAGUAAUUCUACCCAACACAUUACCAAAUAGUCUCACAACACUUACAUUCGGAAAUUAUUUUAACCAAGUAAUUCGACCCGGCACAUUACCAAAUAGUCUCACAACACUCAAAUUCGGUCAUGGUUUUGACCAAGUAGUUCUACCCGACACAUUACCAAAUAGUCUCACAAAACUCACAUUCGGCAAUGAUUUUAACCAAGUAGUUCUACCCGACACAUUACCAAAUAGUCUCACAACACUCAUAUUCGGUUAUUGUUUUAACCAAGUAAUUCCACCCGGCAGAUUACCAAAUAGUCUCACAACACUCACAUUCGGCAAUUAUUUUAAUCAAGUAAUUCUACUCGACACAUUACCAAAUAGUCUCACAACACUCACAUUCGGCAAUGAUUUUAACCAAGUAGUUCUACCCGACACAUUACCAAAUAAUCUCACAACACUCACAUUCGGUGAUGAUUAUAACCAAAUAGUUCCACCCGGCACAUUACCAAAUAGUCUCACAACACUCACAUUCGGCAAUAAUUUUAACCAAGUAGUUCUACCCAACACAUUACCAAAUAGUCUCACAACACUCACAUUCGGUCGUAGUUUUAACCAAGUAGUUCUACCCAACACAUUACCAAAUAGUCUCACAACACUCACAUUCGGUGAUGAUUAUAACCAAAUAGUUCCACCCGGCACAUUACCAAAUAGUCUCACAACACUCACAUUCGGUCGUCGUUUUAACCAAGUAGUUCUACCCGGCUCAUUACCAAAUAGUCUUACAACACUCACAUUCGGUCAUUAUUUUAACCAAGUAUUUCUACCUGGCUCAUUACCAAAUAGUCUCACAACACUCACAUUUGGAAGUCUUUUUAACCAAGUAAUUCCACCCGGUACAUGUAAAAAUUAA